UCCUUCAAACCAAACAGACACUACACUACUUCAAAUUAUACAAACUGUCAAGCAUUAUUUUAACAUAUUUUCUGAUGAUCAACUCAUCAAUCAAAUUGGUGAAAAUUAGAAAAAAGUAAAUAAAAAAUCCAUCCAUCAGAUUCAAAACACCAACAUUUAUAUCCUUCAAAAACCCAAACACAUACACACUCACUCACUCACUCACUUCUUCAAUGGCGAAUUCUCUUAGAAAAAACCCGGCGUUAUUAGACCCGCUUUACUACCCUGUAAUCGCUUUACUCAUCGUCCUUAUCGCCUGUGUUGAGUUUUCCGAUGCAAUCACAGCCGUCGAUGUUUACCGCCUUGUUCAAUAUGAUAUCUCCGGUGUUCCCUUCGGUUCUCGGUUCGCUAAACUCAAUCACCACGCCGGUUCGGGAUCAGGUUCGGAUCUUUCCCGUACGGUCCUUAUUCUUCCGGUUCGUGAAUUGAACCUCACCAGCAUUACAGAAUAUAUUGAACAAAAAAAGGUAUUAGGGGGUUUAUUGCUUUUACUCCCCCCCAAAUUUAGUCCAGAAAACCUAGACAGCACAUUUGGUGCUGAUAAAGAUAUUGACAGCUUGAGGAACAAAUUGGUCGAGUUGGAAUGGUUGCUUACACAUUCUAAUAACCCUGUGAGUGCAAUUAAUCCUCCAAGGGAUGACAAUAUCAAUGCUGUAUUAGCUGAAGUUCAGAGAAAUGAUGCUAGUGGACAACCUGAGCUACUACAGGCGGGUAACUACAAGCUUGUUGUUGCUGCCUCAGAUCCUCAGAGAAUUGCGUCCGCUAACAUUGUAAAUAUUCAGUGGGAAGUGACAGCAAUGGAAGUGUGGCUUCGGAGUUUUGACCAACGUCUACGUGAGAGUAUAGACUAUGCCAUCUGCUUGAACAGUGUUGGGUCCCUUGGCAAUCAGCUACAUCUUCAUGUUUCUAAACCUUCAGAAAAUGCCUACAUACAGAAGCUAUUUCAGGGUUUCUCUACUGUAGCAGAAGAAUUGGGCCUUCAAGUUGGUCUUAAGCACAAGAAAAUAAACAUGUCGAAUCAUCGAGUAAGUACAUAUACUGCUUAAAAAAAGUGUACAUCCCUGCGUAUCUGGUUGUCAAACAUAGUGCAUGGUUUUCUUGCUAUGUUUUCAGACUCUUGGAACUCUAUCUGUGUGAGCUUCGCAGCCUGUCCGAAGUCUGGAUAAAA